UUUACACUGAUUGCAGCCAAAACUUUCACAAGCUGUGCUCUUUUAAGAGAGGUACAUCCUUUUCAAGACCACUUCUAAACUAACUAACUGACCUUUUUGUCACAAGUGGCGAUCCUCACCCUCUUACCUUUUCUUAUCCAACCUCAUUCUUAUUCGUUACAUCUGUUUGCAGGAUUUCAGUUUUCCCUACUUUACUCAGAAUUGAAGUCAUUUUAAAUAAGCUAUUUUACGCACGAAAGUUGGUAAUUAAAUCUGUCUAACACACCCAAAUGUUACGAAUUUCAAUUAAGCGGCACAAAGUUAAUUGUUUAAAAUCUCAUCGGCUAAAUUUAACAAAAAAAAUAAGACUUUAUUAUUAUUGCAAAAUAAACCUAAAUGACAGUGUCACUUCAUCUUGCCACUUGAGUUCAAUUUGGUAAGAAAGACAGUGACGAAACUAUAAGCCACAAAGUAGAACAAAUUGACUGCCAGACUCGAGCAUUACGCACAGAAAAACCAAAACAAAUAAAUAAAUAUCACAGCCACAAAAAGUCAAGGUGAUUUAGUUUAUUGAUGAGUCAAAAUUAUUAAAAAUAAAAUUCAAAACCAUCAGGAGACAAGACAAUCGCUUGAGGGAAUAAAAACUAACACAAACUAGCCUAAACUGAUUAAAAUUUAAUUUAAAAAUGAAAACUGCAUUCAAUUUGCCCUAUAAGCGAAAAAUAACAGAGUUUUAAUUAAAUUCCGCUAAAACCACAUCAGUGUUGAACAUUUUCCAGUAAUAAAAGUCCCGCCUCUACACAAACAAUGUUACGAAGUUGUUAGGAGACAUUUCGUAAAUUCUUCGCGUUUUUACUUGAAGUGAGGCCAAGAUAGAACUUCGCGAAGUUGACGCAAUUAAUCAAAAUGAAAAAAAUUAAUGGUGCGUGCAACCAAAUAAUUUCGUUAUUUCAUUUAAAAAUAGUUGCUACAUUUCAAUGAAAACAGUCAACACCCUUCGACGGUAGUCAGAGAAAUUAUACCUUGAUCUUGAUAAUCCAAGAAGGUUGAUCCGUUACCCAGCUGCCCUUCGCACUAUCCUUACAAUCAGCUUUAAUUCCUCCUUUCCUCGAAUUUCGCUUUGGAAAAUUCGUCAGACCAAAGCGCAAGAAAUAGAACAAGGCGACUCACAAUGAUACCUCGUGGGUGCUUUUGGUGUCCGCCGAAGGUCAGUCCAACAGGAAACCCCAAUUGACCUACAUUCUCACUCCCUCUCCUCAAGAAGCGAAAAAAUCAACACCUGAAGACAACACAUCGUCUCGUGCUGCUGGUUCAAGGCGACGACAAUUUGCUUAAACGGUCGUCGCAAAAAAAAAAUAGAACGGAAGUGUCAGAAUCCAUUUGCAAAAACGUUAUUUAUGAUGAGAGCCGACAACAAGGAUACCGGGUGUGAUUUAUGCCAUAGGCGUGGAGGGGGCUCAAAUAUUACUAAUAACGCCACCAACACGGAUAAAACAAAAAGAUUAAGCACUUUCCGACAGAAACACUCCGACGAGCUGACAAUGUGCUCCGAUAACAAAUCAGAACACAGUGGUACUGAUGAUGACGGCGAAACGUCGCAGAAGGACACGCAGUACCAGCCGCUGCAGGGGAAAAAGCCGGCGAAUCGAAGGAAGUACACCUGGAAGAGUGUGGCGGCGCAGAGUUUUGUGACGAGUGCGGUUAUGCUGAGUUCCGCUAGUUGUGGAAUGCCGGUUGGGUACUCUGCGAUUCUUCUGCCCCAACUCAAGUAUCCCAAUGAGACCUUGCGGAUUGACGACGAAAUCGGUUCUUGGAUAGCCAGCGUCCAUUCAGCUGCUACACCAUUCGGUUCGCUUUUGAGCGGAGUCCUAAUGGACCGUUGCGGUAGAAAAUUAGCUUUACAGAUAGCCUCAAUGCCCUUAAUAGUCGGAUGGAUCCUCAUCGGACUCGCCCCCAACCACGCCAUCCUGCUGCUGGGACGGCUCGUUGCUGGAUUGUCGGCAGGACUGACUGCUGCGGCAGGACAAGUUCUUAUUGGCGAAAUCUCCGAGCCACACCUCCGCGGCAUGUUUUCCAGCGUUCCGUUCGCAAGUUAUUCCUUCGGGAUUCUUUUAGUUUAUGCGCUAGGUUCACUUCUACCCUGGAGAUACGUGGCAGGUUUAAGCACAGUCUUACCCAUCAUGGCCAUCACCAUCUUUUUCUUUCUGCCCGAAAGCCCCGUUUGGUUGGUGAGACACGAUAAACCGGAUAAAGCUCGAAAAGCUUUAUUGUGGUUGCGAGGAGGCAACGCCCUCCAGGCCCGCCUGGAAACCGAGCACCUCACCGAGCGCGUCGAUCUCGAGAAAAAGCACGCCUCCACCACCUCCAGCCGCCACCUCUUCUUCCGCCCCGAAGUGAUCAAACCCUUCAUCAUCAUCAACCUCUUCAACCUAAUGCAGAUCCUCUCGGGCACCUACAUCAUCGUCUUCUACGCCGUGGACAUCCUCAGCCACAUCAACGGCCAAAGCAUCGACCACUUCAUGGCUGCCGUCCUCACCGCCGCCAUCCGCUUCGUCUUCUCUCUCAUCGCCAGUCUUCUCCUCGCCCUCAUCGGCAGACGCGCCCUAGCGAUGACUUCCGGGCUGGGAACCACCAUUUCCGCGCUGUGUCUAGGCACGUUUUUGUACCCGCGCGAUAACUGCUUUGGGGCUUCCUCGAACGGGUACUUUGCUGCCCUCUGUGUGUUGCUGUACGUAGCUACGAACACUGUAGGGUUCAUGAUCCUACCCGGAGUCAUGCUCGGGGAGCUGUUUCCUGCAAAAGUCCGGGGUUUGGCGGGAGGGUUGACUUUCAUGGUGUUCAAUUUCGCGCUGUUUGCCAUGGCUAAAGCGUUUCCGUUUGUUAAAAAUGAAGUAGGGGUGCAUGGGGUGUUUUGGAUUUUUGGAGGGUCGUCGCUGGUGGCGAGUGUGUUCUUGUAUUUGAUGUUACCGGAGACGAAAGGGAAGAGUUUGACUCAAAUUGAGGAUUAUUUCCAGCAGGGGAAUGUCACGUGGGUGGCGAGGAAAAGGGGAGAGGAGGAGAAGACUGACGAUGUGUGACU